AUGCCCAGACGUCUCGCGUGCCUUCCUUUUCCUCGAAGCGGUGAAGUUGAGGAUCAAGCUUCACAACCCCAACCGUUGCAGCUUCUUGCUUCAUCUGCCCACCACAACUUCCAUUUUCCCGUCCAAUCGCUUAUUCGGGCGGACCUUCCUCGCGCCAUGGUUCACGGCAAUCUCACUCUCGAUCUCUCUCCCUCCGUCGAUUUCGCCGAUUUAGUGCAAGGUUCCUCCGCAGAGACUCUCAUCCCUCGCCUCCUCCGUCUAUGGUCUCAUGGAUCACCGGAAGAAGAGAUUUGCGCCGCCGUUCGCCAGAGCAUCAGGGCGAACGACCUUUGA